GCCAUCACUGCUUCAUUGUAGGCUGCUGCUGCUGCUGCUGCUCCUGCUGCUACUCAUCCAGACGGUGGAAGCCGAUUUGAAUUUAUAUAAAGAUAAGAUGGCAUCUACGGGCUUUGAUUGUCGUUAGGAUCCCACAGCUGAUGAGGAGUCGCUCCGAGCCCUUGAGUCUAACAGGAGAAUGAGGAGGAGGAACGGGAAAGACUUGGAAGGUUUCUUUAAAGUCUCAAUGAAAGCCUCUGGAGUGCUUCUUCAAUGAUAUACUGAUGGCUAAGAAAGGCCGCACGAAAGGCGAGAAGCCUGAAGCCCUCAUUUCUGCCUUACAAGCAGCCAAUGAAGAUCUCAGGUCCAAGCUAACUGACAUCCAGAUAGAGCUGCACCAGGAAAAAUGCAAGGUGAGCAAGCUGGAACGAGACAAGGUGCAAGAAGUGAAGCGAGUGCGAGAGCAGGAGCAGCACCGUCACACUGCCAUGUUAACAGAGCAACGGGCCAAGUGGCAUGAAGAAAAGCAGAAAGAGCUACAGGCUCUGCGGGAAAACCUUACCCGGCAGCAUGAGCAGGAACUGGCACGCCAUGCCAAGAUCAAGGACCAAGAAAAUCAGCGCCUCAAAACUGCCCUGAAUGCAAUGCGAGAUGGUAGUGGAGAAAAGGUACGCACAGCGCUGACCCUGGAAGCUAAAGAGGAGGCAAGGCGUUUCUUUGACCAGGAGAGAGUGAAGCUCCUGCAGGAAAUAGUUGAGCUGAAGGCUUCCAAGAAACAGACUGAUGAGGCUCUGAGCAACAUGAUCCAGGCAGACAAAAUGAAGGCUGGAGAUCUGCGGGUCGAACAUAGACAGCAUCAGGAAGAAAUCUCUAAGAUCAAGUGGGACUGUGAGAAGGACAUCCGCAGACUGGUGGAUGAAAUCAAAUCCAAGGACCGCACCAUUUUCUCUUUGGAGAAGGAGCUGGAGUCAACAGCUGGGUGCCUACAGAAGCUGCAGCUGCAGAAGGAUGCCUUGGAUGAACAACUUUUCCUUGUCAAAGAGUCAGAGUGUGGCCUGGGAAGUCCAAAAAGGGAAAUUCCAGGAAGAGCCGGCGAUGGUGCAGAGCACUGUGGAAGCCCUGACCUAAGGAGAAAUCAGCGACGUGUUGCUGAACUUAAUUCAACCAUACGCAAGUUGGAAGAUCGCAACUCAUUGCUGGUUGAUGAGAGAAAUGAAUUGCUAAAGCGAGUUAGAGAAUCUGAAAAGCAGUGCAAGCCCCUGUUGGACAAGAAUAAGCUGCUGAACAAGAGGAACGAUGACUUAACUCAGACCAUCCAGAAACUAGAGGAGAAGCUGAAAAGCCUGACAAAAGAAAACAAUGAAAUGAAGGAGAGGAUAGGUUCCCAUCCACCUCUAAAGAAACUGAAGUCCUUAAAUGACCUGGACCAGGCACAUGAUGACCAGGAAAUAGCCUUUCUCAAACUUCAAGUGCUGGAACAACAAAGCAUGAUUGAUGAAUUAACAAGAGAUCGUGAAAAACUACUGAGGAAGAAGAGACAUAAAAGAAGUUCAAGGCCUGUGAAGGUACAAAAAAUAUUUGUUUUUUUUGCUUUGCUGAUGUUUCAGGCUCAAGAGCAACUGCAAGCAGAUGUACUCCGGUACAAAGCCAAAAUAGAGGAUCUGGAGAAGGAACUAGCCUUUAAAGGACAGGACUCCAAAUGGGUAGAGGAAAAGCAGCUUUUCUUAAGAAGAAACCAGGAGCUGCUGGAUAAGGUGGAAAAAUUGGAGUCAGAAUGCAGUCGGCUUGAGGAGGAGCUCCAAGACUCCAGGGACCAAAAUGAGCUGUUGGAGUUUAGGAUACUGGAGCUGGAGGAACGUGAAAGGAGGUCUCCACCUUUUAACCAUUUGCGGAUGCAUCCGUUCUCUGAGGGAGUCAGCGCGCUGCAGAUUUACUGCAUGAAGGAAGGGGUCAAGGAUGUGUGCAUACCAGAUCUUAUCAAGCUACUGGAUAUCCUCGGGGACAAUGGGAACUUGAGGAAUGAGGAGCAAGUGGCAAUAAUUCAGGCUAGCACUGUUUUGUCACUGGCAGAAAAGUGGAUUCAGCAGAUAGAAGGGACAGAGGCAGCACUACAUCAGAAGAUGAUGGACCUCGAGAUAGAAAUGGACAUGUUCUGUAAACAGAAAGGAUAUCUAGAAGAGGAGCUAGACUACAGAAAGCAGGCCCUGGACCAGGCCUACAUGCAAAUCCAGGAGUUGGAAGCAACCCUAUACAACGCCCUGCAGCAGGACAAGGUGAUAAAGUACGGCGAGCCUCUGAACGAGCUUCAGAAGGACGAGCUGAGAAUGGCGGUGGAGAAGCUGAGGAGGCAGAUGCUGAGAAAGAGUCGCGAGUACGACUGCCAGAUCCUCCAGGAGAGGAUGGAGCUGCUGCACCAGGCCCACCAGAGAAUCCGUGAUCUUGAAGACAAGACAGAAAUCCAAAGGCGGCAGAUUAAAGAUCUAGAGGAAAAGGUGCUGCGUCAGCUCAGAGGUCUUGUUUGGGUCUCCAAUGUUGAUUAUGUGUUGGACAAGCUGAAUACAGUGUGUGUAGCAGUGGCUGUUAAGAUCAGCGACUCCAGAUGUUGGUGGAUUCAGCCUGUGCGCACUUCAAACUUUACUAAAAAUGUUGUUGAUUUGGUUUUGUUUUAUUGACUGGACUGGAGUUAAGAUCUUCAAGAUUCCGCCCAGGACUGUUUAUUUUUCUAGCAAAGUAACACCCAAUGAGACCUUCAGAGGCUUGCAAAGAAAUCUAUAAACACAUAAAUAAUCUGACAUACAUAGUUUACAGAGACGCAUGCAUAUGUAAAUGCAACACACGCACACACACACACGUUUUGCUAGUUCAAAACCAAAGCCUGGAAGAUGUUCUCUCUGCCAUGCAGGGUUAUAAUAUGUCCACGGCCAUAAGGGGAACAUAAACAGACUGAAAACUCAAACAGUGAAAAAUACAAACCGCAGGACCACAGCUUUCCCUCUUUCAUGUGCUGCCCAAAGCUGUAAGAACAUUCUUUUGGGAUUCAAGUCAUCGAUGAGUAGAAACAAGCCAACUCAGGGCCCAUGAGUGCAGAAGCUGUCGGAGCAGAGCUGACCUCAGGCCAGAUAAUAAUAAGGAACAUUUGGGACACGCUGCCUUACUUUCUAGCCUGUGGUUGCUGCUUCCAGAAUGGUGCUUAAACUGACUGCUUGCACUUCCCCCAGAAGGUUAUACCUGCUAUAAGGCAAAGCUGUCCUGUAAACAGUGGAUUCUGAAGAGGAACACUCAGGUUCAUCACUGAAAAAAAGGUCAUAAAAGGUCAAAAGUGAAAGAGAUGGCUCCCUUACAUCCAGCUCCAGUCAGCACCAAUUUCCAUGAGGAAACCUGUAGAUUGUGGAACUGCUGUGAAGAUUUUUUUAAAAGCCAGAAGAGUAAAAAGGCGCAACUGUCCAGAUUUCUUUGUAGUGUUCCAACCAAUCAAUGUUUCCAAGAGUUCCACAAACACCUGUUAUGUAAUAUAUAUAUACUGUUGAUAUGUACAUGACUCUCAAUUAUUUUAUGUAGUCUUAUUAUUUUUUUGUGAUAAGCUGUCAUUUUUUUUACUCUCUGAAGCAGCUUGAACAGUUAAUGUACUUAGCAGUUUUCAAAUUAUUUAAAAAGGAUAUAAACUGCUCUGGUCUAUUGUGGUGAUGGCUGCAACAACGAACUUUAUACCCCAUAGAUGGUUAUAACUGAAAAGCUAAAUGAAUGUGGAUAUAAAAUGAAUUUUGGUCUUUUCUUCCCCUUUUUUCUCCUUCAUACAUAUUGUUCUAGAUAUAUCAGGCUCCAGGUCGGUUUGCCUCUUUGGUUAAAAUAAACCCUAAUUUCAUGCCUAAGUGAUAUCAUUUUGUAACCAUAAACAAACCUUUUUCUACCCAUGUACCAAAGAGUACGGUACAUUCAAUUUAUUUUGGUUAUUAAUUGGAGUAUAAUGACAUGUCCUGCUCAGGAAAGAUGAGAUUUUAAGAAGACUAAGAAAAUUUUAUU